UUCAUCUAAAACUAACGUGACCCGUUUCACAGUGCGAAGAAGCUUGUAGCUGAAACUCUGGGAACUCCUAAACCCUGGAAAACAAUGGCGAAGCUCUGGAUCUUCGUGACAUUAGUUUCAUUGCUUCCAUUUCUUGGCAGCUCUUUCUCUUCUGAAAACCCUACGGAUCGUCGUAUCCUCGUACUGUUGGAUGAUUUCGCGAUCAAAUCCUCUCAUUCGAUUUUCUUCAAGUCUCUGCAAACUCGAGGAUUUGAACUUGAUUUCAAGCUAGCAGACGAUCCGAAGCUUUCCUUACAGAGAUACGGACAGUACCUAUAUGAUGGAUUGAUUCUCUUUUCUCCGACGAUCGAGCGUUUCGGAGGAUCCGUGGACUUGGCUGCUGUACUGGAUUUCGUAGAUUCGGGCCAUGACUUGAUUGUUGCUGCCGAUGCUUCUGCAUCUGAUUUGAUUCGGGACAUUGCCACAGAAUGUGGAGUUGAGUUUGACGAGGAUCCUGCAGCCAUGGUUAUUGACCACACCAGCUAUGCAGUCUCAAAAACUGAAGGAGAUCAUACUUUGAUUGCUAGCGAUGGUUUCAUUCAAUCUGAUGUCAUUCUGGGAAGCAAAAUUAUAGAGGUCCCUGUCCUUUUUCAAGGAGUUGGUCACACAUUAAAUCCUACCAAUAACCUGGUAUUGAAAGUUCUAGCAGCUUCACCAUCAGCAUAUUCUGUUAAUCCAAAGAGCAAGUUGUCAACUCCUCCAUCACUCACAGGAUCGGCAAUCUCUUUAGUUUCAGUUGUGCAGGCAAGAAAUAAUGCCCGGAUAUUGAUCUCUGGAUCUUUAGCCCUCUUCAGCAAUCAAUUGUUUAGAUCAGGUGUUGAGAAGGCUGGAAGUUCAACCAAAUUUGAAAAAUCUGGUAAUGAGCAGUUUGUUACUGAACUCAGCAAAUGGGUUUUCCAUGAAAGGGGUCAUCUCAAGGCAGUGAAUGUUAGGCACAACAAAGUUGGAGAAACAGGCGAACCAGCAAUAUACAGGAUCAAUGAUGACCUAGAAUACUCUGUGGAGAUCUAUGAGUGGUCUGGAACCAGCUGGGUACCAUACAUUGCUGAUGAUGUUCAAGUGCAGUUUUACAUGAUGAGCCCCUAUGUGUUGAAAACCUUAUCAACUGACCAGAAGGGUCGCUAUUUUACUUCAUUCAAGGUACCAGAUGUUUAUGGGGUCUUCCAGUUCAAGGUCGAAUACCAGAGGCUUGGAUACACAAGCUUGUCUCUUUCAAAGCAGAUUCCAGUGCGACCAUUCAAACAUAACGAGUAUGAGAGAUUUAUAACCACAGCUUUUCCAUAUUAUGGAUCUUCAUUUUCUAUGAUGGCAGGCUUCUUCAUCUUCACCAUUACCUACUUGUACAACAAAUAGCUCCAAGACCAUUUACAUUCAAGUGAACCUUCGGUUGAGAAUGCAAAAAUUCUUAUGUUAUAAAGAAGUUUUGACCAAGCGGGGUAAUCACACAUUUGUUUUGCAAAUUAUAUUUACAGAGUUAGUGAGAGUCAAAUGCUUUCGACGUCCAUUUCACCUCA